CAGCUCUUUGUACUCUACUUUGGAAGGUCCCUUCGCGAGUAACUUUGUCAGUGGAUUUCGUUUGAGCGCAUGCGAAAGAGGCAAGCAUUUUGAGCAGGAGCAACAUGGCGCUCCUCAAUCGGAAAGCGUUUGAACGCAAGCUGCAAAAUAUGUCGUCCGCACAAGACAGUGUGCAAACAGUUUCGCUGUGGAUGAUUCAUCACAAAAAGCAUGCUGAAGAUAUGGUGGUUGUGUGGUUGGACCAGCUUAAGAAAGCUUCAAAGGCCGAUCGACGGCUGGUCCUGUUUUACUUGGCGAACGAUGUUCUUCAGAAUAGCCGUAAAAAAGGGAAGGAAUUCAGCAAUGCUUUUACCAAAAUCCUGCGAGAUGCUAUGCAGCUUCUCAGCGAGAAAACCAUCAAAGGAAACGUGGAAAGAGUCAUCAAGAUUUGGGAAGAGAGGAAGUUAUUUGAAAAGGAUUACCUUGAGGCGCUCCGCAGUAAACUUGCCUCAGGUGAUGUCGCAGUUAUAAUCAAGAAACCAAAGGAAAAGCCCAUUGAAAAAGAGAAGGAGAAAGAAAAGGAGAAGGAAGUAAAACCAGCCAAGCAAAAGAGGUUACCCCCAGCAGAUUUUAAGCCAUCAAAACUGAUAGAUGCACUGAAAGCCUUGAGGGAUUUUGAAGGGGAGCUAACCCUUAAGGAAUCUCAGCUGAAUUCAUUGAGGAUCGAUGCAUCAGAUUUGGAAAGUGUACGUCAGUUAAAAGAUCGCACUGGUGGUGGGAAAUUUUGUGAAGAGUAUGAAUUGGCUACUGCCACGCUUGAAGAGUUUUUGGAAACAUUGAGGCGUGAACAGGAAGAGAGGAGAAACAUGAUCAAAGUUCUGGAAGAUGGGGAGGCUUUCUGUGAUGUUUCAUAUGGAGAAGUGAAAGUGAUAGUUCAUGCUUACAAGACCUUUGGGAAUCGCCUUACUUCCCUAAAGAAAAAGGUUGACGGCAAGGUGAACAGGCUUGCGCAGAAGGAAGCAGAGAAAGCAAAAACUGGGCCUGUGUCAGCACCGCAAGCUUCAUUCCUCACAUCAGGUCUUCCUGAUGUCGCAGAAGGAUCAGCACCAUCAACUCCAACACAAGCGCAACAAGCUACUUCAGAUGAGGCUAAAGCUGUUGAUCCAACUGUGGACAACAUUGAAGUUGCUGAUAUGGACAUCGAGGAUGAUUCAGACAGUGAGAAGUCAGAGACAAGUGAGGAGGCAAGUGCUGAGGAUCCCAAGAGUAGCAAUGAUCAAACUCCCAACUCCACAGGAAGUUCUGAUUCCCAACCAACACAGUCAAUGACUCAAGAGCUUGACAUUACUCCGGUGAUUUCUCCUGUUCCCAGUGUAGCCCCUGCUCGACCUCUAACUCCAAAUCUGGGGACCAUGAUGCCAAUGCAAGGCUCCAUAUUGCCCAGUCAGCCUCAAGUUGUCCCUCCUCGUCCACCAGUUAGAAUGGUAACUCAUCCGUUCAUGGGAGUACAAGGUGUCCGUUUUCCAGCACAUGCACCGCAAUUCAGACCUGGAGUUCCUCCAAUACAGCCUCUCCCUGGAAUGGCUCAGAAUCAGUUAUUACAGCCAUCAGGAACUUUACCUGGUCCUGGGCAAAUGACAGGCCAAGGGCAACCUUUUUCACCAAUACCAAGAGCAGCAGGGUUACUUCCCAGUUCAAAUGCACCCCUGCCAGGCAGCAUGGGAACUUUGCAACAAUUUCCACUUGGUAAUGGUUUCGUACACAGCCAAGCGCCACUGCCAGUUGCUGCAGCUACUGUUCCAGCCCCUGUUCAGGUCAUAACUAACUCUGCGGCAGUAACUGACAUAAUGAAAGAUAAUGCAAGUCGUCCACAAGUUGCUCUUGAUGUUGGAUCGCCAGAUUCAGAGGCGUCUGCCCCAUCUCCAGUAGGGUCCCCCGAGCUACAUUUGGCGGAAGGCGACGAGACACCAGAAACGACUCCAGCUCCCCUCGGUGAUGUGAAUGUAAAUGGCAAUACUGGUUUUCAGACAAACAAGUCAUUUUUUGAAAAUCCGGUGAAAAACCCAACAACCAGUCUAGUACCUGGCUUUUCCGGAACACAAUCAGUGUCCAAAACUUCAUCUGAAUCGCCGUCAUCUUCCAGCAGCACACCUUCCAUUCCUGACCAAGCUACAGGGCAGGAUAGUGCUUUGGUGAAAAAGGACAAUGGACAGAAAGUCAGUGCUGUAGACAUUUUGGCUCAGUUACUAAGUAGAGGAAGGAAACUGCAACAACCAAAUGAUGCCGAUACAAAGUCUGUCCCCAUCACUGCUCCAGUUCCUUCCUCUAUUGCUGCUCCGGUAGCCCCGCAACAGAAUUCUGAAAAGCCACAAAGUAAACCUCUUCUGUCCUUGAUUGAUUCAUUAUUCCCAAAGCUGAGUGACUCCAUAAAAACAUUGAAAGAGAAGGAAAAAGUUGUUAAUUCAUCGCAAUUCAAUUCUCCAGUCAUUGCCACAAGUUUACCUGCCCAGCCAUUACCCAGUGAAAGUCAUUUCCCACAUCCUUCCAAUGUGGCUAGUGAGCAACCAGAUUUUCCACAGUCAGGACUUAAGAGCAUUUUGAAAAGGGGAGCAAAAUCUGAUGAUGAAGUCCUCGUACCUAGUCAGACAUCCCAAGCAUUUCGACCAAAUGAUGGCGCAUUUGAAAGGCAUUCCAUGAACCACGCUCCCGUGACUAAUGCGCCACACCAGGGUCCUGUAAGAGCAGACCCGACCUCAAUCUUCUCAGAGGAGAGACCUAUGGGACGGCUAGUGGAAAAUGAAAGGAAUGACACAGAGCCAGGACCGAGACAUAAUCAGCAACAAGGUAACAGGAUAAAUGUUAGUGACGGCACACCUGCGGCAACACCACCAAGCCCUCUCCCCCGUCCAGGAACCCAUUUCCAAGGUCCUCCUGUUAGAGGAGGUUCUCCUCGGUUCCCCCAGGAGCGGCCUUUUGACCGACCAUUGGACAUGUCACCCCGUGGAAUGCCACCAUUUGGGCCUAGAUUACCUUUCCAAGAUGCUCAUGGUCCUCAUUUCCAACAGUCCAGAGAUAAUGCUGGUCCACCGGUUGAACGACGUGAAGGUCCGCCGGAGAUGCCUAGGCGGAUACCUCCUGAACAGCCAUCCCGCGGUCAUUCCCCUAGAGGUGCUUUCAGAGAUGGUCCUCUUCGAAGGCCUCCAGACACUUCAAAUGUUCAUCCGGAGCAUCAUUAUAUUGAAACAACAGCCCCCACCAAUCCCCCUGACAUGCCAUUGGAAGACGUACAUGCGGGGAAGCCUCGUAAUAACGAGGAGGCUUUCGUUGAUGGCCCACCAGGGAUAAAAAGACCCCCAGUUGAAGGAGCUCCGAUUCACCAGCCUGAUCCUCGACAAUCACCUCAUGAACAAGUUCCUAGAGGUGACGGCCCUCCGCCUCACCGUGCUUCUUAUCCUGGAGUGAUGGAUGAUGUACAGCGGAGAAGAGAGUUUGAGCGUUGGGAAGAACACCGGAGGGAACCUUUCUUUGAUCAUCGAAGAGGACCGUGGGACUUUCCCCAUGAUCAUCCGGGCCCUCCUCCUCCUGACUGGAGAGGACCGCCAGUAUCACCUCGUGGUGACCCCAAACGAGCGGACUUUCGCGAGGACGAUCCUUCCAUGUGGACUUCAUUCGAAAACCCAGGAAGGUCGCCUAGGACUUACGAAGGAUUCCGAGAAGCCCCCCCUGAAUUUGAUAGAUUGCACGGUUACGGGCCGCCGGGUAGAAGGCGUCACUCCGUAGGAGACUUUGAAAGUGAACGAAUGCGCUUUCCUCUGAAAAGACCUGGGCCACCGCCGGUCCCAUUUCCAGGGCCUGCAAAGCGCCCUUAUUAUUAAUCACUCUCGGCAGUGCGUUGUUUGUACGUUUGUCUCCCUUACUUUGUUAAUCUUAUUUAGACACCAAACUGUGAUCCAGUCAUCCAAGGUCAGCGAAGAAAUUUCGUCCUUUGCACGGCGAUAUGUCUGAGCUAUUCUAAUCGUUGUGUUUCACGGAAAGAUAAAAGCAACUCGCUCUAUUUGUAACAAAGUGACUUCCUUUUGCUUCCGUCAUUGACUAUUUCCUCAACCGUUUUUACGUUAUGGGCUUAUAGGCUUCAAGAAAAAUCUAAUGAAUGAAUGAAUGAAAACGAAACAAUACAAUCUAGUUCUUUAUGUGGGGAGGGAUGACACGUUCAUAAGGAUUUUUUUCUUCAGUGUUGCAGCGUGGUACGUUUUGUCAAGUUUCAGUGAAUUUAUAUAAUCAGUGUUUCUGCAGUAGCUAGUUACAGUGUACUCUUUCAUCUGGUUAUCUCUGUUCUCCGAAAAGAAAAUCAACUCCAUUCGUCUUGUUAGAGCCCCCUUUUGCCAUCAAGACGUUGCUAAGCAACAUACAGUCUAGUGGAAGGGCUGGCGUAAAAGAGAGCUAAGUACUAGCCUGAUUUCUAAUUUCGAAUUGGAAGCCGUUCGAAUGCUUGGUAGGGAUGCUCCCGAUACGGUAAUCUGUUGCUCUCGUAUUGUUAAUAGGAUGACAGCAAUUAGUGAAUCUUUGCCGAAUUCUCAACGAAAUGAAAAGUGAAAGUUUCUACAAGGAACACUUACGUGAGGAUUUUUAUCUGUUGAAUUGACUCGAGGUUUCCAGAAAUGGUACUGAAAGAUAUCCUUACUGCCGUCAUUGUUCUAUUGUUAAUGGUGAUUAUUAAAAACUGGAUCAAUCAUUGGCUUAGCUCUGAAAA